AUGACGAUCCGCGUUAUUGGUCCCAAGUCAAGAUCGCCUUGUGUGGGAUUUGAUAGUGUGGGAUUUGAUCAAACACCUCAGCAGGCGAAGUCCAGGCUCUCAGCAGCACAGAGCUCCCCGCUGUCUCAACCAGCACCCGCAAGCAGCCAUCCUCUCCUGCCUUCUCCCCCAUCUUGGCAAGUGUCCCCCACCCGGAACUCGUCCUGCACCAGGGACUUGUGCACUGCCUGGGGCGGGUCUACCACCAGGCACUUGUCCACCUCCAGGAACUCCUCCAGCACCAGGUAUUGGUCUGCUGCCUGGGACUCGUCCAGCACCAGGGACAGGCCUGUGGCCUGGGACACCACCAGGGUGGACACCGCCAGGGAUGUGCCCGCCUCCAGGGAUGUUCCCGCUUCCUGGGACUCGUCCAGCACCCGGGACGGGUCCACUGCCUGGGGCGGGUCUACCACCAGGCACUUGUCCACCUCCGGGAACUCCUCCUGCACCAGGUUGUCUGCUGCCUGGGACGCGCCCACCACCACCAGGGACAGGUCCGCGGCCUGGGACACCACUAGGGUGAACACCGCCAGGGACGUGCGCCCCUCCAGGGAUGUUCCCGCUUCCUGGGAGGCGUCCACCACCAGGACCGUGCCCGCCUCCAGGGAUUUGUCCGCUUCCUGGGACGGGUCGGCCACCAGGGACGGGUCCGCUGCCUGGGAUACGCCCACCACCACCAGGGGCAGGUCCGCGACCUGGGACACCACCAGGGUGGACACCGCCAGGGACGUGCGUGCCUCCAGGAAUGUUCCCGCCUCCAGGGAUGCGUCCGCCGCCAGGACCGCGCCCGCCUCCAGGGAUUUGUCCGCUUCCUGGGACGGGUCGGCCACCAGGGACGGGACCGCUGCCUGGGACCCGCGCACCACCAGGGACAGGACCGCGGCCUGGGACACCGCCAGGGUGGACACCACCAGGGAGGUGUCCGCCUCCAGGGAUGUUACCACUUCCUGGGACUCGUCCAGCACCUGGGACGGGUCCACUGCCUGGGGCUGGUCUACCACCAGGCACUUGUCCACCUCCUGGAACUCCUCCGGCACCAGGGAUUUGUCUGUUGCCUGGGAUGCGCCCAACCCCUGGGACAGGUGCGCGGCCUGGGAUACGGCCAGGGUGGACACCACCAGGGACCUGCCCACCUCCAGGGAUGUUCCCGCUUCCUGGGAUGCGUCCAUGACCAGGGCCGUGCCCACCUCCAGGGAUUUGCCCACUUCCUGGGACGGGUCUGCCACCAGGGACGGGUCCGCUGCCUGGCGCCUGUCCGCCACCAGGCACUCCGCCACCUGGCACGUUUCCCCCGCCAGGAACUGGUCCAGUGCUAGGAACGCGUCCACUGGGAGGAGAGGGUCUACCCCCCGGUACUUGUCCACCUCCGGGAGCGCCUCCAGCACCAGGAAUUUGCCCACUGCUUGGAACGCGCCCACUUCCAGGGACAGGUGCGCGGCCAGGAAUGCGUCCACUAGCAGGGCCGUGACCACCUCCAGGGAUUCUACCUCUUCCAGGGACUAG